AUGGGGUGUGACGGCCAUGGCAAUCUCAGCGAUACAGAGUUCAGCAAGCCUUUACCUUGGAUAGGUGUCUACGUGGCAGCUGCUUCACUCAUCUGUGGAGUUGCCAUGUUUGCAGAUCUUCUCCGUGGCUUCCGCAGCCGCAAGUUCUGGUUCCCCUGCAAAUCCUUCUCUCUCAACGCCACCACACUCACCUUCAUCGCCGUCUGCGUCAAACUCUCCGUGGAUAUCAACACUUGCAUGCCUAGUCGUCAAGAUCAGCUCGCAAAACUCAGCAGCAACGUCUUCGUAUGCACCGUGAUGGCUAAUUCCAUGCCUUCUCUUGGUUUCAUGGUCACUCAAGAUCUCCUCAUGAACAUCAUGGCUCUUGGGAUUCUUGUCAUCACCGACAUUGCCAACCUCUGUAUCCAGUUGGGUACAGGUGCCAUCUACGUUUUCCCUCAAGAACACGCUUUCGUUAUCCUUCUAACGCUUCUGAUGUUCGUCAUCUUGAGCUUCUCUGCAAUCACAGUCCCUGCCACAAAGCGUUUCUUGGAGUUUAGAUACAAGAAGAGCUACGAGCUCGCUUUGCAGCAGUGUCCUUUGUAUCAGACUGAGAGAAGAGGAGGUUUCUCUGAGCUUAAAGAAGAUCUGAUGAAGUUCUGGAUGAUGGCUCACACUUGUAGCCCACAGUUCGUGAUGGCUCGCUCUGUCACUUGCACCACCUCUGGUUUCCUUUGUUUCUUGUGUGCUGUCACGUUGGCUGAAACCAUGCUCCGAUCUUACUUUCUACAUCCCAUAAGGUCAAUUGGUUUCUGCAAUGGAGAAUCUGAUUAUAAAUGGUCAACCACUUUGGUUCUUGUCUCCCAAGCAACUGCAGUAGCCAUAGGAACCGUUGCUCCGGCUAGCAGAUGGUUUACUGCAGUGAACUUGAGGUGUCUAUCAGGAGCAAAUAAAGCUUUGAGAGAUGAGUUGAGAGUAGAGAGCUAUUGGAUAGAGUGUCUCUCUGAGAAGAAAGAACGUCCCUUGAACCUUUGGAUCCUCCAUGGUCGCCGUAGCAGGAAGCUUGCACAUGACUUAUACCGAUGCGUUCUUGAUCUCUGCAUUGCAACACAGUAUGGGAUAGUGUUGGCUAGCAAGUUCCUCCGUUUCACCGCGGUCUACUGUGUGAGCAGAGUCUUGCAAUGUUGUUAUCUCACCUCAAACUCUGACUCAUCCUCGGGAUCAAAUUCUUCAACAAGACAAUUUGUUCUGCAUCUUGAAGGAGAGGCUGAGCUGGUUGAUUAUAUGGCACGGAGCAAUCGUGAGGCCACAGACCACUUGAUCCAAAAAGGUCGGAAGAAACAGCCAGUGAACUUGAUAGAGCUUUUGGAGGCAAACAAUCCAAUCUCAAAAGGAUUUGAAGGGAUUAGAGAUUUUGACAGCGACGAGGUCGCUUCUCUGACCACCUCUGGAGAGCCACCUAAUUGCUGGGCGCUUCCACUGGUAACACUGACGAGUAUCGCUGUUGCACUUCCAAACAUCAAGCCUUGCGCUUUAAAGAAGCUAGUCAAGGCUGUAAACGAGGCAUUGUUCUAUGUCAAAAAGUUUGAAGACGUCUUGGACAUUGAAGGAGAGUUAGCUAAGAGCAGGAAAGCUGCAGAAGUAGUUUGGUUAGGAGUUGAUCUCUACCACAAGUGGCUCAACGUGGAUCUCCGGAAACUAUCCAAGCAACAGAGAAUACAACCACAAGAAGUUUUUAAAGAGCUGGCGGAUAAGGCCAAGAAAGAGUUCAGCGAGUCGUGGGAGAAGAAUCUGAUGUUGUCCAUGAAGCAGAAGCCCUCGCGCUGGCUCAUCAAGACUCUGGCAGCAAACUCCAUGUACCGAAUCAGCCAAACACUAUUGAAGAAAUACGAAUCAAGAAACGUUGGAACAGAGGAUACUCUGUUGAAAGAUGUGGAAAGGAUGGUAUCGGACAUAGUCGCAGGAUGCUUUUGCAACGUGGCAAGAGUGGUGGGGAUGAAGUGUUUGGUAACGGCGGUGGAAGUGUGGGAAGCGUCGGUGAGAGAAGCGGCAAUGCAUCUGGGGAGAACAGAGAAGAUACUUGAGAUCAUUGACAGGAGAUGCAUCCCUCCUAUGCCUCAUCACAAAGUGGCCAUCAUCGAUGGAUGGAGAGAGUUUUAUAGGACCAAUAAAUGUAUCUCUUCCACUGCUCAUCCUUCGUCUCAGUGUACCACACGUCAACUCAUUCUCACCAUAGAGUAA